AUGCCCUCCAGCCUGCUCAGUUUUAGCGGGCAGAGGAAGAACCUCCUCGAUGAUAUAUCGCGUUUGGUUCCAUACGUUAACGAUGAUGCCCUUGAUGUCGUCGACCGUAUUACGCCACUAUUAAAAAUUGCCUUCAGGGGGGAUUGUGACGAUGCUCGCAUCUCGAAAUCAUGUCUUUCGCGCCGUUGCCGAAGAGACACCUCCACCGCCUCUCCUGGUCCCGAUCUUACUCGUUUUACAACAAACCGCAACACAAGCAGCUUCGCAAAUUCUUCCGAGUAUCGGAUAAAUGUGGAUGGAGUCCCCCGAGAAGAACUAGAUGCCAUGUACGUUGAUCUCCCCCGAUUCCACGAGUUUUUCUUUGGUGAUGUGGCCGGCCUUGAGGCCGCGUCGGAGGCCAUCUUCGACAAGUGUCAGGAGAGUGAUAGCCCCCUUGUUGGCCCUGGCGAUAGAUGA